ACCCCGGCAGCGGCGGUACCCGGUGGGAUUUCUGCGCUGGGAGCGAGAGCCAGGACAGCGACAGGUGAGAGCAGGGACACGGGACACGGGACAGGGACAGGGACAGGGACAGGGACACAGCUCCCGGUAAGCGUGUCCCGCCAGGUGAGCCCCGGGCUGCGCACGCCGCGGGUGCCCGUGUGGCUGUGCAGUGUCUCGGGCAGGCACGGCGUGCUCUUCGGCACCGACAGCCGGCUGCUCUCCGACUGGAAAUCCGAGAGAAUUUUCCACCUGUACUUCUGCAGUGGGCAGCAGGAGCAGACCCGAACUGCCCACCUGACGAUAGACACUCAUUCGCAUCACUGGGAAGAGGCUCAAAGAGAAGGCCCCUGCAGCCCAGGGAGGAGGCGCCCAGCCCUGGAGAUGGCAAUCAGGACCAAGUGGGCAGGUGCAACCAUCAGCUGGAACGGGACAGACCCCUUCUUUUGAGGAGUGAGCACAAUGGACCCCUGCUCCUGAAGGAGCAUCUAGCACACAUUACCAACUCCACUGGUCACUGCAGUCUGGGGGACAAAACCUCUCUCCCCAGACAAACAGCCUUUGGUGCACUGAAGGGACACCCUGCCCACAAGGCAUCACACCUUCACUGGGGGAACAGCCACCUGCAGCCCUGUCCCACUGCACACCCUCUUCAGGUGCUAGGAUGCAGGAAAGAGUCAAGUCCCCGCACAGCUGCCUGGAAGCAUUUAAAAGCUGCGCAGAUUGGGAUGGGAUGUGUGAUUUGGGAACUUGGUUUAGCGGUGGCCUUGGCAGUGCUGCGGUAAUGGUCGGACCUGUUGGGUCUUAGAGGGCUUUUCCAACCCAAACUGUUCUGGGGUUCUAUGAUUCAGGGAUUUUGCUGCCACUGCCAAAUCCUGGCACCCCACAUUAGCCUGACAAGCGUGCGCAGGGCACAUUGCUUCCAGCUCACAGAAACCACUGUCCACUUCCUUUUUCACUGCCAUUACUCCAAAACGACCUGUCAGUCACACCCUUAACGUGUUGCUAAUGACAACUAACAAUAAACCUUCUGCAAGUGAUCCA